GUCAACGCAAGAGGCUCGGUCUUUUGCUGCAACGCAACAGCCAAAGAAAGAGGUCGCUGAGAUCCAACAGAGGGGAGAAGGGUGCAAUCUAAGCUAAGCACAAAAUCGAAACCCUAACUACACCUCCUCCUUCUCUACAUUGAUCCGAUAGGGAUCUAUGAUGUCAAUCGGAAUCCCGUGGGGCUCUUGGGAUUUUAGAGGUUUCGUAUUAUGUAUCAUCAUCUUCCUCGGAUCGUUCCCAGGAACAAUACGAACACAAGAGGUUACACUAGACUCGAUUGAGAUUUUCACGACGCACGAGUGGUUCUCCGCUAAGCCUAUAGUCUAUUUCCAAUGCAAAGGAGAGAACAAGACGUUGCUUCCUGAUGUGAAGAUAACCAAUGUCUCUUACUCUUUCAAAGGCCAAGAAUCUUGGCAGCCACUAACCGAACUUAACGGAACAAAAUGCAAGAGAUGUGGGAUCUUUGAGGAUGACACUUUUAAGUAUGAUACGUUUGACGAAUGGGAGCUUUGUCCUUCUGAUUUCACUGCUGAGGGUAGAUAUACACACAUCAAGGACAAAGAAUUCAAUGCUACUUUUCUCUGCCGUGGAUGUUCACAGGUUGGAGCCGGUUCGAAGAAAGAAGAUGGCUCUGCCAAGGAAGAAGGAAGGCGCGGAAUGCAUCCUGCAAUCGUUGUUCUGAUUGUACUACUUGUUUUAGGUGUAGUCACGGUGGGUCUUGUUGUAGGUUACAAGUAUUGGCGGAAGAAGAAGCGGCAACAAGAACAAGCCCGGUUUCUCAAGCUCUUCGAAGAUGGUGACGAAAACGAGGACGAGCUUGGCCUUGAAAAUACCUUGUGAAGCUACUAAAGGUCAGCGUGGCCUAGUAAACUGAGUUACUGUUACUCAUAUCUCGCCUCUAUGUGUACAUACACAGCUCCUUGAUCUCACAAAAAAGGAAAUCACAGUGCUCAAAAUACACAGUUGCAAUCAUUUGCUUACUAAUAGAGUCAAUAUUUGUUCUAAAG